AUGAUCCAUUUUUUCGAUUUUCAGCGUGCUUCGCCAAUAUCUAAUUUUCACUCGUCCCGUGUUAAUGAUUCCCCCGAGUAUGAAAUUGGCCCUCCCGAUAGAGAUGAAUAUUUAGAAACCAAUUAUAAUCCAAUGAUUUCUCCCGAAAAUCACGAUGGAGUUGAAAAUGGCAUUGAACCAUAUUCUCCAAGAGAAUCAGUAAAGAUGGCAUCUAAGUACCACGGCUGUUAUGCCAUUGGUGGAUCAUCCCCUAGCUCCUCAAAGGGAUCUAGAAAUGCAUCCAAACGAAAAUCCCGUCAACCUGAGGCUUAUUCACCCAAGAGUGUCUCUAGAGCCGUUGAUUCCGAUGAUGAAGUAUCAGAUCGUCCAGAACCUUAUUCCCCCUCAGACAUAGUCAGUGUUUCCCGGCAGUACUCACCUCCUUAUGAAUUUGCGGAGGCUACUGAAGUCGAUGCUUCACAUUUCCAGGCUAACGAUAUAUUACUUGAUAAAGAAAAUGCAGAUGAAUAUACCUACCAUGGAGUAGAGCGACCUUUGGAGAGGCGGCUUACUCCCUCUGAAUCUCAUGAAUCACCACAUAAAUCGCUGGAUAUCGGUCAAAUAUUCGGUGAUGACGAGGAGGAACAUGAAAAAAAUGUAGGGAAAAAUAUCACUCCAUCAAAAAAAGAAUCUACUGACAUUCUGGGUGAUUAUGAGAAUGUUGAAAGAGCCGAUGACUUUGAAGGAUUUGAAAGGGAUGAACAAACAGACGAUCCGACGCAUGGUAUUAUCGCUGACAUAUUUGGUGAAAGUGAUGCGGAAGAGGAGUUUGAGGGGUUUGCUGAGAAUGAGGUGGAGAAGGGUACCGAUAGAUUAGCUGCUCCAACAUCUAACUAUGCUCCUAUAUCAAGUAGAGAAGAAGAGGAAUCCGAGGGCGAGGCUGUGGAAUUUGUAUCCGACUUUGAUUCUAUGAUGCAGGUUCAUCGUGAAGAAGCUCGCCGAAAGCGUCGACGCAACAAGGAUGUGGAAUUCCUUAAUGAUAGUGAUGAUAUGAUCUUGGAUAUGAUAGCUCGCAUGAAAAAUGCUGCUGAAGAAGAUCGACUUUUGCUUGCUGCCGGACAUCCAGCCACUAAAAAGUUGACAAUGGUAAAUAGUGUUACGGAUUUGCUGAAAAAAGCUGAUCUUAAAUCAGCCUUGAUUGAAAAUGGAAUCUUAAGUGCAAUCACCGAGUGGCUGGCGCCCCUUCCUGGACAAACCCUCCCUAACCUUGUUGUCCGUGAUGCUAUGCUCACUCAUCUCUCUGAAUUUCAGCAUUUGACUCCAGAUAUUCUUCGAGAGUCUGGGAUUGGUAAAGCUGUUAUGUACUUAUAUAAGCACCCGAGAGAGACUCGGGCCAAUAAGUCAAAAGCCAGUCGUCUUAUUAACGAAUGGUCUCGACCGAUAUUUAAUCUCACCAGUGACUUCCGUUCCUUAUCAAAAGAAGAACGAAAACAACUUGACUACGAACACUUACCAAAGCGUCGUAAUAUCGAGUAUGUUUGUUAUCCAAGUAUACUCAAUAUUGAACUCAGAAUAUAUUCUUAA